GAAAAAGAUUAAAAUUGCAGCAGCAGCUUUUCUUAUCACCAACUUUUUUUUUUUUUUUCGAAGGACCCCACUAGCCCACAUCUCUGCAGACGGUGGCUGGUCGACUUAUUUAAGCAGGACAGGGGCUGCACGGAACAUCGGGGUUAGAUAAUCCGGGUCGCUCUGCGGGUUUGGCAAUUUUCUGUAAGUCGAUAUCACACAACCACCUUUGCGGACAAGCAACAAGAGCCAAUUGCCAGCUCACUUCAAGUCAGGAUGUCGCUCCAUUCUGCAAGCAACUGCCUCAGGCCAGCAGUUCGGCAAUUGUCGUCUGCUUCACGAAGCUUCUCAUCAACUCCGGCCAUUCUCUCCAACGCCGUCCCGCCUCAAUCCCCCUCCUACAUCCGACUUCCUUCCCCUCCUCAGUCCCAAACCGAUGAAGCCAAGCCCCCGCGAGUAAGAGGUUCACUGCCAGUGCCUCGUCAAGUUUUCCCUCGGUCAGAGGGCGACCGCAAAAUCCUGCCCGAGUACAUCCAGAAGACUGCCCCCAGAUCUGCCGACGAGCGAGAGCCUUCAAACGAGUCCCAACGAUGGAAGCGGGAAAUGGCCGAGACCCGAAGGACCAAUCUGGAACAAGGUCUUAAGGCCCUCUACACACGGCGCGAAAAGAGCGACGCAGCCAGAAAUGCCCGUGUCGGCCGUAAAUUCAAGGAGAACAACGAGGCUGCUGCCGCGUCAGAGCGAGAGGACGACCGACUCACACGAAGCACCGUUCUGGAUGCCAUUCUGGACACCAAAGUAUAUCCGGACCCUGAGCGCUUCGCCCGAGCGCAACGCAGCAAGUUCAAGGUCCAAGCCAAGGAAAAGGCCAAAUACGAAGCCCGACGAGAUGCCCUGAUGGAGCUAUACAUCAAUGCCUCCAACUUCAUCGUCCAGGAGAGCGAGCUCAAGGCCGAGAUUGAUGAGAUCUUCAGCGAGGACUAUUUCAGGAAACAAAGCCAAUUCUUCCAGCGCUACGGUACAACCGAGAACUCUUGGGGCAUCUAUGGCAAGCCUCCUUCCAUUGCCAACAUGCUGGAGACCACCACUGGCAAAUCAACCAAGCUUAUGGAUUACUACGAGUCUGAAUAUGACCGCUCUGUUAAGCGGCAAAAGAGGAUUGCUGAGGAGUUUACGGGAGGUAAAAUGGAGUAGCGGCAUGGGGCCUUUGUUUUUGUAAAACUGUAGAGUAUCACGCGCUCGUACUGCGCACUACAUGUAUUAUAUCAGUAUCACUUGGAAAAAUCAUAUUCACGCUUCACGAAUUCAAGCCACAUCAAUCAAAAGAUUUCUCCGACUUCUAAAUUCGGGCGACAAGAAAUAUUGGUGUUUAUUGAGACCAACCA